CGACUCUCUUUUCUCUUGACAUUCCCUUUUCUUUCCUUUUCUUUCCUUUCCUUUCACACUUCAAUUCCUCAGCCAACAUGACGACCGACGCCAAAGACCCCAUUCCCCCGCACAAGACCUUCGACACCAUCCUGGUGCUCGACUUUGGGUCCCAGUACACCCACCUGAUCACUCGACGCCUGCGCGAGUUCAAUGUCUACUCGGAGAUGCUGCCCUGCACCACCAAGCUGGCCGACCUCGACUUCACACCCAAGGGCAUCAUCCUCUCCGGUGGCCCAUACUCGGUCUACGAGGACGGCGCACCGCACGUCGACCACGCCGUUUUCGACCUCGGCGUGCCCAUUCUCGGAAUCUGCUACGGACUGCAGGAGAUGGCCUGGCACUUUGGAAAGAACGCAGGUGUGGCGGCCGGCGAGAAGAGGGAGUACGGCCACGCAUACCUGAAGCUCGAGCAGCACGGCGGCCACGUCGACGAGCUGUUCAAGGGCCUCGAGAACGACAUUGAGGUCUGGAUGAGCCACGGCGACAAGCUGAGUCACAUGCCCGAGGACUUUGUCACAGUUGCGACGACCAGCAACUCGCCCUACGCCGGCAUUGCGCACAGCUCCAAGAAGAUGUACGGCAUUCAGUUCCACCCAGAGGUCACCCACACACCACAGGGCAAGGUUCUCCUCAGGAACUUCGCCGUCGACAUCUGCCAGUCAAGGACCGACUGGACCAUGGGCAAGUUCGUCGACCAGGAAAUUGCGCGCAUCAGGAAGCUUGUUGGAGAGAAGGGCCAGGUCAUCGGUGCGGUCAGCGGUGGUGUCGACUCCACUGUCGCAGCCAAGCUGAUGAAGGAAGCCAUCGGCGACCGCUUCCACGCCGUCAUGGUCGACAACGGCGUGCUCCGUCUCAACGAGGCCAAGCAAGUCAAGGAGACGCUCGACAAGGGCCUGGGCAUCAACCUGACGGUUGUCGACGCCUCCGACCUCUUCCUCGGCCGCCUCAAGGGCAUCACCGACAACCCGGAGCAAAAGCGCAAAGUCAUCGGCAACACCUUCAUCGAGAUCUUCCAGCAAAAGGCCAAGGAAAUCGCCGAAGCAGCCCACAACACCCCCAACGCCGGCGAAAUCGAAUGGCUCCUCCAAGGCACCCUGUACCCGGACGUCAUCGAGUCGCUCUCCUUCAAGGGCCCCUCGCAGACCAUCAAGACCCACCACAACGUCGGCGGCCUCCCAGCAAACAUGAAUCUCAAGCUCAUCGAGCCGCUGCGCGAGCUCUUCAAAGACGAAGUCCGCGCUCUGGGUGUCGAGCUCGGCAUCAACGAGGAGCUGGUCUGGCGCCACCCGUUCCCCGGCCCGGGAAUCGCUAUCCGCAUUCUGGGCGAGGUUACGCCUGAGCAGGUCCGUAUUGCGCGCGAGGCGGAUUUUAUCUUCAUCGAGGAAAUCAAGAAGGCGGGGCUGUAUAGGAAUAUCAGUCAAGCAUUUGCGGCGCUCCUGCCGGUGAAGGCGGUUGGUGUUAUGGGUGACAAGAGGGUGCACGAUCAGGUUAUUGCGCUGAGGGCGGUGGAGACGUCGGAUUUCAUGACCGCAGAUUGGUAUCCGUUCGAUGGCGAGUUUUUGAAGCGCGUGUCGAGGCGCAUUGUGAACGAGGUUAAUGGUGUAUGCCGUGUUGUUUACGACAUCACCAGCAAACCCCCAGGCACCAUCGAGAUGGAGUAGAUGUUGGCUCACUACUGGAGAAGGCGCGAUAUAUGCGGUACAGCUAGGCUAAGCUAAGGAGUUCUGGGCACGGAAAAGUACACGAAUAGAUGACAGAGACUUGAUGAUACCCUGCAUGCAGAAGGCGAU